AUGGAGUUCAUGCAAAUCCCAAGAAGCCAGAACAUGGGGGCAGACGAAGUCUCGAAGCUAGCAUCAUCAAGAAAAAAGGAGAGUAGCAUGGAUUUGACGAUGGAGAUCCGGAAACACCCCAACAUCGAAGAGGUCUCGACAUUUGCCAUCCAGAGCGCAAACAGCUGGAUGACGCCCAUAAUGUCCUUCCUCCAGGACAGACACCUCCCUCAGAACACAAAAGAAGCUAAGAAGGUUAGGAAGAGGGCAGCCAGGUUCACGAUCCUUAAUGACACCUUAUAUAAGAGAGGCUUCUCCAUGCCUUAUUUGAAGUGUGUCGACGAAGAAGAAGCUAGAUACAUACUGGAAGAAAUCCAUGGAGGAGUUUGUGGCAACCACGUUGGUCCCAGAUCACUGGUGAAUAAGGUGAUAUGGACAGGAUAUUUCUGGCCAACUAUGCAGGUGGACGCUGUUGAAAUCGUCAAGAAGUGCGACAAGUGCCAAUGA